CACUAAUAAUUACUUUUUAAUCAAAAGCUUAAAAAUUCCUCAAAGCCUCGACCUUUCCCUAGAAAACCAAACGGUAGAAAACAACUAGAGCGGAUCACUGCUAUGGUUGUGAUAUAAACCAAAGCGGGUCUGUUUUGUUUUUUUUUUUUAGCUAAACAACAAUGGCGGGGAUAGCAAUAUUGCUAGAUCUAUACAGGAAAAACCCAAGCUUUUGCUCUCAACAAAGCUUCCACUCUUCUGGGUUCUUCUCUGCCUCAGCUGCCGCCGCAUCAGCUGCCGCUACCGUCGUUGCUGGAACCCCUUUUGCCUCCAGGUUCCUUUUUGGUAAUCCCAAGGUUUCUCAUUGUGAUGCUGCUGCGGCAUUCCCUGAAGAUUACAUUUCAAAUGUACAAAGAUUAUCUGAAGAUAUUGUUAAGAAUGUUAAGAACUUAAAAAAUGAUGCUCUCAAAUACGCUGUGAAGGAGUAUAAGGUUGAAUUGAAGCCUCUUUAUUCAGCUUUUGAGUUGAGGCCAUUUGCUAUGACAACUUUGAGGUCAUUUCUGACGUUCUAUUUGCCUCUGUUGGAGCCUGCCACAAACGUAGAAGAGGAUGAUGAAGAUUUCCUGCAGGACACUCCUAAAGAACUACAUGUGGAUUUGGUUGUUCCCUUUAAAAAGUCGGUGAAGCAAAUAAUCCGUGAGACCACUGUUGUAACGACAAGACGGGUUCUUGAAAGACUUGCUGUUAUUUAUGUUUCACAGCGCAUGGCGUGGAAACUCCUUAAAGAUGUUCCGAAAUCAGCUGUCCGGAAGUCCCAAAGGGGAUUGCCUACAACAGUGUACUUCUUCAGAGUUAGCAGAACUACUUUCCGAGGUCACCUGCUUGGAGUUGUGGCAGCGGCACUUGUUCAAACUGGUAUUGAAAUCUACCGAUGCUUUUGUCGCAAAACAAACUCCGAAGAGAGUGAUGAAGUCAACCUAACAGAGCAAACUAAACUUCUUGGAAAGAAGAUUUCUGGUAUUACCAUCAGGUGUGGAGCAUCGUUGAUAUUUGCUUCCAUUGGAGCUGGGAUUGGUGCUGUACUUUUCCGUCCUUCAGUUGGUCAAUGGAUCGGCUGUGCUGCCGGAGACUUGGCGGGGCCAAUAAUAGUAUCAGUUUGCCUGGAGAAAGCUUUUCACGUGAACCUCUAGAGCACUUUCAAAUUUCACAUUUGUAUUUUAGUACACCUUUUCAGAGAGUUCAAUGAAAUUUUACCAAUAAUAACACACUUCAUUGUAGUUUUGAUUUUUGGGGAGCAGAAGUGAUUCUCAAAAUGCUAAUCCGAAUUUCUUUUUCCCUUUUGUUGGGGGCAAUUCUCUUUA